CAUCAUUUUGAGCAUCCCAAACACACACAUGCCUGCGGCAUUAGGUAUAGCAGACUCCGAGCUUGUUGGCGCGACGGAAACUGCUACUGUGCUUUUAAAUUGACAAGGACAAAUCGUUCAAGAUGGAGGCGAUCAAGCUUCAGAGGAAGUAUCCUCAAUUCUCCCAGGAGGAGAUGAUGGGCCUCAUCUCCAAGUUCCGCGCCAUCGACGUGGAGGAAAAUGGCAGCGUUGCACGGCAGGACGUCAUCAAGGCGAUGGAAGAGAGCAAAGAGGCUUCGUAUGACCAGGUCCGAGAGACGCUCAAGGAGGUCGCCAUUGACAGCAGUGGCCGGGUUGAGCUGGAUGACUUUGUCGAUUUAAUGGCAAAGCUGCGCGCAGGUCGUAACGUCGGAGCUGGUGUCGUGACCAAAGGCAAGGUCACCGUUAAGGGUGCCAAUGCUUCAACUCAGCACACCAUCAAUGAGGACGAGCGGUCCGAGUUCACACGGCAUAUCAACUCCAACCUGUCCGGAGAUCCAACGAUUGGGAACCGCUUGCCAAUCCCGAUGGACACAUUCCAGCUAUUUGACGAAUGCCGUGAUGGUCUCAUUCUCUGCAAGCUUAUCAACGAUGCAGUCCCGGACACGAUCGACGAGCGUGUUCUCAACAUCGGCAAAGGCACCAAGCCACCGAAUGCGUUCCAGAUGACUGAGAACAAUAACAUCGUUAUCACCUCAGCUAAGGCCAUCGGAUGCUCUGUCGUGAACAUUGGGCCACAAGAUUUAAUCGAUGGAAGGGAGCACCUCAUUCUUGGCCUCAUCUGGCAGAUUAUCCGAAGGGGUCUUCUCAGCAAGAUCGAUCUCAAAAACCAUCCAGAGCUGUACAGGCUGUUAGAAGAUGACGAGACUCUGGAAGACUUUCUGCGCCUACCGCCGGACCAGAUUCUGCUUCGUUGGUUCAAUUAUCACCUCAAGGCAGCCAACUGGAACCGGAGGGUGAACAAUUUCUCGAAAGACGUAUCAGAUGGAGAAAAUUACACGGUCCUCCUCUCCCAGCUUAAGCCCGAGUCGUGCGAUCGCAGGCCGCUGCAGGAACGCGAUCCGCACCAAAGAGCCGAGAUGGUGCUGCAGCGCGCGGAUGCUAUCGGCUGCCGAAAAUACCUUACCCCAGGCGCCAUGGUGGCCGGCAAUCCAAAGCUGAACCUGGCCUUUGUCGCGCACUUGUUCAACACAUGGCCGUGCCUGGAGCCGCUCGAAGAAGCGCCACCGGUGGAGAUCGAGGACUUUGACGCGGAAGGCGAGCGCGAAGCCCGCGUGUUCACGCUUUGGCUCAACAGCUUGGACGUAGACCCGGGCGUGUAUAACCUCUUCGAGGACCUCAAGGACGGCACAAUCAUCCUGCAAGCUUUCGACAAAGUGGUUCCUGGCAGCGUGAUCUGGAAGCGCGUCAGCAAACCAAAGGAUGGCCAAGACCUGUCACGCUUCAAGAUGGUCGAGAACACCAACUACGCGGUUGAUCUCGCCAAGGCCAACGACAUGCGCAUCGUCGGCAUUCAGGGCGCGGAUAUCGUCGACGGUACAAAGACGCUCGUCCUCGGCUUGGUGUGGCAGCUGAUGAGGCUCAACAUCUCCAAGACCCUCGCCAGCCUUGGAAAAUCGGGCAAAGGCGUCUCGGAUGUCGACAUGGUGCAGUGGGCAAACGGAAUCGUCAAAGCGGCAGGAAAGACUAGCAACAUGCGCAGCUUCAAAGACCCCGGCCUCAAGAAUGCUGUCUUCUUCCUCGACUUACUCGACGCCUUGCGCAAGGGCAUCGUCGACUACUCACUUGUCACACAAGGUUGCACCGAAGAGGAGUGCAAGAUGAACGCCAAAUUGGCUAUCUCGAUCGCGAGAAAGCUCGGCGCGCUCAUCUUCCUUGUGCCAGAGGACAUUGUCGAACUACGACAGCGUCUCAUUUUGACAUUCGUGGGCAGCCUGAUGUCUCUUCAGGCGUAAGGGAUGGUUGUUUGACCGAGAGUAAGGUACCAAUGUGCUUGAAAAGAAUGCUGUGCUACA